CUAGUCAUCGUGUUGAAGUGUUGGUUGAGACUUUGAGAGGUUGUAAUUUUUCAUUUAUUUCAUUUUCUCAGAAAAUCCUAAACGCAGACAUUUGUGGGCUGCUGAGCUUUCUUGGAUGUGUCUUGGAUUGAAAUUUAACAAAAGUCACGAUGGCGGGCAGAGGAUCAGGUCGUGGCAAUCUGCUAGAUAUGAUGAGGAAAAAGAAUGAAGAACAACACAAAGCACGAGAAGAAGAACAAAGAAGACAGGAAUUAGAAAAACUACAACGGGAAAUAGAAGCUAAGAAAACAGAAACAACAAAUGUUUCUAGUGGCAGAGGCCGUGGGAAUCUUCUAGAAAAAUUAAAAAGAACAGGAGCUUAUUCAGAUUCAUCACCCCUAGCAUCUACAACAACUUUACAAACUUCGCAAGUAGCAUCAACGAAAGCUUCACAAAUUACAGCAUCAUCUUCAUCAAAUUUAACUGGUCAAGGUCGAGGGAAUAUUUUAAGUGCUUUCAAAAAAAUGUCAGUUGUAGAUACAAUUCAAGCACCUUCAAGUUCUGGUGAUCUAUCAGGUGUUACUGGAAGAUUAGGAUCUAUAACACUUGAAGAAACAAAAACUUCCAUCACAUCUGAACCAGAAGUUGUUUCUCGUCAAGGAGUAUCUGGAAAACCAGUUGUUCUAACAACCAAUUAUGUUACUCUGAAAGUUGAUGAGAGUAAAGGAAUGUACCAAUACGAAGUAAAAUUUUCACCAGAUAUUGAUUCACGUUCGCUGAGAUCAAGGCUUUUGAAUCAACAUUUGAAUGAAUUAGGUAAUGUUAAGACUUUUGAUGGAGUUCUUUUAUACUUGCCUGUGCAGUUAGAUGAAGAGAGAACUGUUUUUGAAUCUAUCCAUCCAACAGAUCAAUCUACUGUAACUCUCACAGUUAUAUUCAAAAAAAAAAUGGCUAUGAAAGAAAACAUAUCGUUCUUUAAUACUUUGAUGAACAGAGUUUUGAAAGCUUUGAGCUUAGUUCGAAUUGGUAGACACGACUUUAAUCCAUCAUGUGCCCACAAGAUUCAUCAACAUCGUCUUGAAGUAUGGCCUGGCUACAUAACAGCUAUAAAUGAAUUAGAAGGUGGUUUGAAGUUGAAUUUGGACGCUGCUCAUCGAGUGAUGCGACUAGACACUGUUAGGGAUUUGAUGACUGAUAUGUACGGCAAAGAUAGGGCAAAUUUCAAAAGGAAUAUUUCAAUGGAAGUUAUUGGAACAUCAGUUUUGACGCGUUAUAAUAACAGAACAUAUAGAGUUGAUGACAUAGAUUGGGAGGCAAGUCCAAUGACUACAUUUGAGAGGAAAGGAGUAGAAAUUACAUUGGUAGAUUAUUAUAAACAACAUCAUGGUAUUAAAAUACAAGACUUUGAUCAGCCUUUAUUAAUAACUAGAUCUAAAGAAAAAAAAUCUACAGGCGAGACUGUUGAAAAGUUGUCUUUAUUGGUACCUGAACUAUGCUAUUUAGCAGGGCUUACUGAUAGCAUUAGAAAAGAUUUUAAAAUCACUAAAGAUCUUGCUACAGUAACCAAAGUAAAUCCAGAACAGCGCAAAGAAGUCAUAAAGAAUUUCAUAAAAGAAGUGAAUUCAAAUGAGGUAACUCGAAAGAUUCUUUCUGACUGGGGAUUGACGCUUGAAGAUGACACAGUACAACUGAAAGGAAGGUUGUUAGAUCCUGAAGAGCUUAAAUUUGGUAAUGAGUAUAAAAUAAAGUCAACCAAUGCUGAUUGGGGUAAAGCAGCAACAAAUAGUGCAGUUUUGAGAACUCCUAAUAUGCAGUACUGGUCAAUAAUAUGUCCACGUCGCAAUGAUAAAAAUGCAAGAGAUUUCUUAGAAACAUUCAAAAAAGUAUGUGAAAGAGUAAAAAUUAGAAUAGGAGAUCCAGUAAUAAUAUUUUUGAGAGAUGAUAACAGUAAUACCUACGUGCAAGAGUUGCAAAAACUUUUGAACAACAAUGGCUCUGGAACCAUGGAAAUGGUUGUAAUAAUAUUUCCAUCACUUAGACAAGACAAAUAUACAGCAGUGAAAAGGAUUUGCUGCAUUGAUUUUCCUGUUCCUUCCCAAGUAAUCAUCUCGAAAACGAUUUCCAGACCAGAUAAGAUAAAAAGUGUGACGGAAAAAAUUGCAUUGCAAAUCAAUUGCAAACUUGGUGGAGCUUUAUGGGCACUUCAAAAUCCUUUCAAAAAUUCCAUGGUAUGUGGUAUUGAUGUUUAUCAUGGUGGACCCGACCAAAGGUCAGGAGGAAGUGUCGCUGGUUUUGUUGCAAGUUUGGAUACAUUACUUACAUCAUGGCACAGCCGAGUAUGUAUGCAGCAGCAUCAUCAGGAAUUGAUAGAUCUAUUGAAACAAUGUUUAAUUUCAGCUUUAAAAGUAUAUCGUGAGAAAAACGAUCAAUACCCUGAUAGAAUAUUUAUAUAUAGAGAUGGUGUUGGCGAUGGAGAAUUAGAUGUUGUAAAAAAUUAUGAAGUUAAACAAUUUCUAGAAACUUGCUCGAUGUUGGAUCCAAACUACAAGCCAAAAUUAACUGUGGUAAUUGUACAAAAGAGAGUCAAUACACGUAUAUUCGAAAUAGCACGUGGGCAACAAUUAAGUAACCCUGCACCAGGAACGAUUGUAGAUAGUGUCAUUACUCGCCGUUAUUUGUAUGAUUUUUAUCUUGUUCCACAGUUAGUUAAACAGGGUACCGUAACUCCAACUCACUACGUUGUACUCUAUGAUUCAUCUGGAUCUAAGACUGACUACAUUCAACGAUUUACUUACAAGUUAUGUCAUUUGUACUAUAAUUGGCCAGGUACAAUUAGAGUUCCAGCUCCAUGUCAGUAUGCUCAUAAGCUUGCAUAUCUAGUUGGUCAGAGCUUAAAGACGGAACCAAGCCAACAUCUUAACAAUUUAUUAUAUUAUUUGUAAGGCAAUGAAAUUGUUAUCAUUUGUAUAACAAAAUACUUCGAUAUUAUGACUCGUUUUUCACCACGUUGAUUAUAUAGUAAUACGUAAGUGACGAAUAGUUUAUUUUAUUAUCAACGUAACAAAGAUUAAAUAGUUGGUUAUUGUAAGUUUUUUUUUAUAAUUAGCAGUAAUUUUUAUUUAAGAUUCUUCUCAAUAUUAAUUUUCAAAUGUGAAUGACUUAGAGUUGAGUUCUGUUCAAAAAAAGUAUUGACGCAUUUUCAAGUUUAACCCAUGACUGAGCUACAUUUUUUCAUUUUGACAUUUCCAUUUUUUAAGCUACUUGUUACAAAUUAUUCAUUACCUGGAUAGAGCAUGUUAUGUAUAGCACCUAUUUCUACGAUAGAAUCUUGAAGUUAUUUAUGCAAAAUUACUUUAAUAUGUUAAAAUAAUUAUUUCUGAAUUUCCUUCCGAAAACAUGAUUUACCUAAAUAGAUAACAGAUGCUCGAAAAAAUUACCAGCAAUAAAUGUUAUUAACAUUAGGCCUAAUGAAUUUCGAAGUGUUCUGUGUAGCGGCAGUGGUACUAAGACUUGAAAAAAAAACUAACUGAAAUUAUCGAUCAAGAACGAGUUAAUAAUUACAUAUCCGAGAUUCGUAACGAUGAAAGUAGAUUGUUGGUGGUAAGCAACCGAGUUUUUCCGGUGAUCACUGCAGUUACGCCUUCAUUUAUAAGUUCUGAAUGGGUAUAACUUUAAUAAUGAACUCUGAGUUUAUCAUUUUACUUUCAAUAUUGUUUCUUUUUUCAGUAAAUAAUUAUAUUUUUUUUAUUUUUGCAUAAGAAAUUCAUUUACAGAACACUGAAAUUUUACCAUUCGACGGAUAUUUAUAAGUGUCAUUAAGAAACCUUUUCAUCGUUGUUUUUUCUCAUUUGUAUAUUCCACAUUUAGAAACUUUAGUAUAUUUUAUUUAUAUUCUAAAUAUUAUUUUACUGCUCUUAAAGCAGUGAAUUUUUGGAUUAAAAACUUUUAAUUCAUUAUUAAAUGCUUUAAACAUUCUUAAACUUGAAAAUGAUCAAAAUAUAUUACCUCGAAAUGGUUGCACGCUAGAUAGUUUUUUAAGUUCAAUUUUUUUAAGUUAGUGCAAAUAAUACUGAAAGAAAAGAAUAAUUAAAUAUGAUUGUAACCAAAGGAUUACUUUUUUACUUAGUCAUACGAACUUCUAUAAUUGUUUUGAGUUAAACAUACGAAACUAGUUCGAUUUUCGUAGCUGUCGUAUAUUAUUGAGGAGUAAAAAGUGCCAUUGUUAAGAGUUACAAAAUUUAUAAACUAAAAACAAGCUCAGGUGAGAUAAAGUGAGUAAUCCUUUCUCAUAAUUCCCCAUUUACCUCACCAUGCCAUAAUUGGUAAAUUACUUAAACUAAACAUGCUUCGAGUGACUAUAUAUGCUAGAUCUAUCUAGUAGAUACUUAAAUUAUUUUUUUAUUAUAUUUAUUUUUUGAUGGAGCAUUUGUAUACUCAUUAAUGUUCGUAAAGUUGCUAGUUUUAUUA